AUGACCGCUUCCCCGCCUCGUCGCAGGUUUGUGCCGGAGCCUGUUGAGACCAUUGCAAGGAGCUCAAGACGCCCUAACCGAGGAGAUCCAGAAACUCAGUUGGCAGAUAGAAUACCUGAUCAGAUGUCCGCCUCCUCAACUGCUCCUGACUUCCUCCCUUCCGAUCAAAUAAAACCCACCACAACCACUCGACGUUUCCCUCUUCAGCCAGUUGAGAUAUCUUUAAGGACUACAGAGCCUUCUAAUUGGGAGGAGAGUGGAGAGAGUCGAGUAGAAGGCCGACGUGUGAAAGACAAUUCCAUUACCGGCACAGGUGGAGGCUCAAUAGACGGGUACAACGAGCCACGCCAAUCCACCCCCCAACUAGUGGAGACUCCAGCGAAGAGUCCGAGGAAAUUCGCUCUGAAGCCUGUCGAGACCAGUACAAGAAGUAAUCGCAGAAGAAAAGGUGAAGAGCAGGACGGAGAGAAAUCUCAAUCCACACAAAGAAGAUUUGCUCCCGAACCUGUCGAGACGUCGACCAAGACCUCUCGUAAGAAACCAACAGAGGUUACCCAGGAACCUGAAGCGCCGCCGGUACGGAGGAGGUUUGCACCCGAACAUAUACAGACUACAACAAAGAGCAACCACAACAAGCAAGCUACAGCCACCGUAGAAUCUUCAUCGCAGGCACCCAGAAGGAGAUUUGCACCAGAAGCGGUGGAGACUACCAUUAGACGAAGGAGGAAGCAGAGUGUUGAGGAACAACCCUACCCACCAUCUUCUGAUGACAAGACGACAUCGCGAUCAUCCAAUGGCAUCAGCAGUCCGAGAAAGUUCUCUCCCGAGUUGAUAGAGACCGCUCGGGGAUCAUUCAGGAAGGGCGAUAGCUCACCACGAACGAGCCGCGCAGCAACAACAGAUGAGCCAACUGCGGUACCUCGAUAUCUACGACCACCACUUGCACCAAGCAAUACUCCCGCUCAUAGCUACGCCGAAGUCACCCAGAUACAUGAAUCUCGAUUCUCGGCAGCAAGUCUUGCCAAAAGGCAAACUCGGCAGCAUUCGUUUCUCGUACCAGAAUUGCCAUGUAUAGAGUCCGAUUCGAGCGCUGAGAAUUCCGCAGUGCCGUCACUGUCUACUUCCCCGUCGAUAUCAUCUGAAGAAUCAACCAACCGGCAACACAAGGGGGAGAUUCGAGAAAGCCAUGAUGGGAAAUUUCGGGGCUACAUGCUCUCGUUGGCGGCACAAGCUGCAGAAAAGCAAUUGAGAGAUCAGGCGAUGGCGGCAUACCCGAAUGAGCAAGUACAUGAACCGGUCCACCAUUUUGCCGUCGAAGACUCGGACGAAGAAUCUCUUCCGGGCAAAUUAGAAGCGGAUAACGGAACAGAUCCCAGGAUUUUCAGGCGCGAGUCGGGUGCAGACCUGGCUUGGCAUAUGAAUGAGAUGCGCAGACAUCAUGAGCAACUGGAAGAGGCAAAGAGGGCUUUGAAGGAAGAUACCGCAGGACAAAGUCGAUUUUCUGCAGUCGCAUUGAUGGAGAGACAUAAGACACGCGCAAAAAAGGAGCUUGGGGGACACCAAAAAGGAGUUGGCUUGGCAGAAAUGAGAAAUGCCGCAAGCCCUCCAAUGCUGGGACAAGAUCUUGUUUUCCCCAUGAGUGUCUCGCCCAAAAUGACUCGCUGUGAUGUUGACCAAAUCCCGGUGCCUCGAACUAACGAAUGUGAGGAUAAUAACGACGACUCGGGUGAGCCGCAGUUAUGGACUACACAUGUAGGCCUACAAAAUAACCCGGAAGCUGGCCUGUGGAUGGGAUUAUGUCAGAAGAAAGAUUGUGAUGAACAAUCUCCACCAACACCGAUGAGGUCCGGUCUAAUGACUCCCGCGGUGCAGGUUGAUGACCAGGAGAGAGCAGGAGAGUUGAAGCAUGGUCGAGCGUUCGACAAGCAAAAUCACAACACCAUGUAUUUGUUGGCCACUCCUGCCAUCCAGCAGAACGACCCAUUCACUCGGACUAUAGAUGACAAGCUCAAUAAGGAGUUGAGCAUUGAACAGCAGAUCGAAGAAGAGUUCCACCAUGGUUUUAUCACGCAAAUAUACAACUAUCUUUCUCUAGGGUAUCCUUCGCUGGCGCACAAGUUCGACGAGGAGUUGAGCAAGAUCACGAGAAUUCCUGUUGAAGAGCUCCGAAGAGAUGACAACCUUGCUGAUGCUAAGGGGUAUGUGGGUGCCCCGGAAGGCGAGGGACUAGAUGAAGAUUCGGUCAAAGAGGGCAAAUGUGCCCGAUGGACAGCAUUGCGGCUGUAUAUACAUGAAUGGGCUAGACAGCAGCCUGGGAUGGCUGAUCGAACGCCGAAUGAAUGGGGUGUUCGUGCGCGAAGGGGGAGCUGGGCCUUCUGA